GGUGGGAAAGCGACCGAGUUUAGCUCAAAGGCAGCACCCGAACCUACAUCGUCAAUACCGGUCCCGCCUCCACUUCCUCCAACUCUGACGCAAGCUUCAGGCUCCGCAUCAUCUGGAGGACUAACGGGGACAGCUGCCGUUUUUGCGCAGAUCAAUCAAGGGUCUGAUGUGACCAAAAACUUGAAAAAGGUCGACAAGUCCGAGAUGACCCAUAAAAACCCAUCUCUGCGGGCCUCUGGAGAGGUGGGACGCGGUGCUAGUACGGUCGAAGCGGGCCUUGCAGGUGCAGAGUCUGGAAAGGAUAUUGCACCACCAGACUGUACAACUGCUAUGUCUUCGAGACGGGACGUAGCCGCCUCUAGGCUGAGGAGAUCGGAUCAGCUUUCCCCAUCCAUAACCUUUGAGGAGAGCCAAUCAUACCGUUUGAUGAUCGUGGCAAGUGAGUUCAAUCCUUGA